AUGGCUCGCAUCAAGCAGGGCGUCUUUUCAUGGGAGGAUGUGCUGGCCCAGCGGUACCAGAGCAACAAACCCCCGCCGCUCCCCCGCACGCCUCGGACACCAUCUCCGCCGCAGCCUCAACCCCAGAGUCGCCUGCUCGCCCGAUUAUCGCCAGAGCUGCGGCUCAUGAUCUGGGAGUUUGUUCUCGGCGGACACAAACUGCACAUCAUCCAGCGCUGUGGCCAGCGACUAGGACAUGUCGUCUGCCCCGACGAAGAGAGCUGCGAGGUCUGUCAUGGGAACGGCAUUGCGCAGCCUGUGAAAGAGGCCGGUUCGGUCUUGUCGAGACCCGGCCGGGAUAUUAUCCUCGCGCUGCCAUUGGCAUGUAGACAAUUGUACUCCGAAAGCAUCCACCUCCUCUACACCCUGAACACCUUCGAAUUCAGCAUCCCCUGGACCCUUCCCUACUUCCGUCCCACCAUCCCCCGCGCCCACUGGUCCUCCAUCCGCGCCGUCGAGCUGCGCUGGUCCUUCCCAGGCCACUGGCUACCCAGCAAAGACCCAGUGCGCGCGGUAUACGUAUCAGCCGGACGGGCCCAGUGGCUCGAAACAUGUCGCACACUGGCAAGACUGCCAGCCCUUAAGUCGUUCGUGCUCGUGCUGGCGAGUACAUGGUUCUGCGAGCCUGUGGAGAAACUGGCUGUGUUUCUGGACCCAUUGAAAAACAUACUCUCUCAUAAACAUCCAUACACCCCGAUCUACGGAUUUAUGGAUGAAACAACGUCCUGUAGCGAGGAGGAACUAUUACUACUUGAUUCAGAUGAGGAGCAUGACUCGGACUCCAGCGCGAGUGGGAGCGGGAGUUGUGGAUGGCGAUCGUCGCCUUCGUCUUUGGCUUCUUUGUCGUCGUUAUCGCUUGACGAUACUCCAAGCAAAAAUGAGGAUCUGCGCUGCUGCAACAAUGAUCCGCUCUGCAUAUGGGAGCUCCGCCUGCAGGGCCAGUCAUACUAUGAGCGUGAGCUCAAGGAUGUGGAGGAGGAUUUGCAGCGGAGAGGUAUUGGGUGCUGGAUUUCCGCGGUGUGA